UUGUGUCAGUCGGGAGAGUCUUGGUGGCCAGAGUGCAAGGUGUAUGUUGUGUGUAGAGCGCGAGCGCCACGACUCUACCUCUCGGAGCGGUUUUCCAGCAGUGUUUCCUAGUUUUCCCUCAGUGCUUUUCCGGUACAUCACACAAAACGCGUGUUAGUGAGCGCGCACUUGUCCAAACUUACAUGGAACUAAUGCCGCUUUUUCACAGAUGACGUACACGUGAAGGAUUUAUGGACCGGUCUGAUGGAAUGCAGGAGGUGCCAGGAAAAGGCGGUGAGAUGCUGAAAGACGCCAGUCACGUGGGCUGAGCUCACCGCACUCAGCGCCCCCAUAUCUCCGGAAAGAUGUCCUAAUAUGGGUCAGCCUUGGAUGCUAGUUCGGGCGGCUGCUAUACUUCUAGUGACUCGGCAAACUCUGGCCCUGUCCGACAUCUUCGAAGACGGCAAAUCCGACAAAGAAAUCCUGGAUAAUCUCCUAAGGGCCACGCGCUACGACAAGAGGCUGCUGCCUCCAGUGCAAGAUGCGGACUUCUGCUGUGGCCUGCAGUCACCGGAGGAAGCCGAGUUUGAAAUACGCAACAUCUCAAGCAGCAAACAGCGUGAGACCGUCAAGGUAGACGUUAGCGUCUUAUUGCUUAGUUUAGCGUCUCCGGACGAGUCCAGUUUGAAAUACGAAGUAGAGUUCCUCCUGCAACAGCAAUGGUUCGACCCCCGAUUGAAAUAUUCAAACCAAAGUCGCUACGAUUUCCUCAACGCCAUUCACCACCACAACGACAUUUGGUUACCAGACACCUACUUCAUCAUGCACGGUGACUUCAAAGACCCCCUGAUACCAAUGCACUUUUCUCUUCGGAUCUAUCGUAACGGAACGGUUUUUUACUCAAUGCGGAGACACCUCAUUUUGUCGUGUCAAGGCCACUUAAAUAUUUUUCCUUUCGACGAUCCGGAAUGUUCGUUUUCGUUGGAAAGUAUAUCUUAUGAAAUGAAGAGUAUUAAGUACGUGUGGAAGAACGAUGAGGAUGUGCUGAAAAAGUCGUCAAGUCUGGCCACACUCAAUGCCUAUUUGAUUAAAAACCAAACGUCGGAAUGCAACCACAAGAAUAACUGGAGGGCAGAAGAUGGAAACGUACCGGCAGAUGAGGACGGGCACCCUGGCUGUGAUCUCUGUCAAAAACAGUUCAAAGGAAACUACAGUUGCCUGGGGGUUAGGCUAAUAUUUACACGGGAUCGAGCGUUCUACUUCACGACAGUAUUCAUACCUGGAAUUAUACUGGUAACAUCAUCAUUCAUCACGUUCUGGCUGGAAUGGAACGCAGUACCGGCCCGUGUCAUGAUAGGUGUGACAACAAUGCUCAACUUUUUCACAACCUCAAACGGAUUCCGUUCAACUUUGCCGGUGGUUUCGAAUCUGACUGCCAUGAAUGUGUGGGACGGUGUGUGCAUGUGUUUCAUUUACGCGUCCUUAUUAGAAUUCGUAUGUGUGAAUUACGUAGGAAGAAAACGACCGCUUCAUAACGUCGUCUAUCGACCGGGGGAAAAUCCCGUCAUACAGGGCAGAAAUGGCCCGCGCUUAUACCAGUGGCUCCUCAUAAGAUUGUACGUUGUUUGGUCUGUCAUGUUGCAGCGACUGCCCGCUGUUCUCAGCAGGAUAGGCAUUAUUCUGGCCAGUCCCUUGGAAACAGCCGAACAAGAAUAUUAUUCCACAUUCUGUGAAAGUCCUCAAUAUAGAGGAGAUAAAAAAAGGGAUUCGACGGGAGUUGCGAACGAAAUCGUCUCCUGCACCAAUUGUGGACCAAAUCCUUGCACUCACACGGCCAACAACGGCUGUGCAGCAGAGUCUUGUUUAUUGCAGGUGCGGAAAAAGGAGCCCCCGCAUCCGAUACGAGUGGCAAAGACUAUAGACGUUAUAGCUCGGAUCACUUUCCCGACCGCCUUUGCAGUUUUUCUGAUAUUUUUCUUCUAUCACUACAGCAGUUACACUCACUCUGACUCACAAAAGUGAUAAUAAUACGAGGUACAUAUCAAGCAUUUUAAAGCCAGUGUGAUCAGAAGGACGAAGAACCGUGACGAUGAUUCAGUGUGGUUGGUUCAUAUAUUUAUCUACUUCUACUAUACCAAUUUGUUGCAAUUUAUACAGAAGGUUCGCAAAACGUGUAGCUGCAAAAGCACUGUACAUAGUAAUUUGAUUGAUAUUUUGACAGAUAAUUGUAAUAGAACUUAUGUAUACACACACAUUUUUCAAUCAAUUUGUGCAUUACAUAUUGUGAUAUCACACGAAGCGGUGAAUUUUGUUAUUAAUAGUUGAACUGUCUGUAAAUGUUUAAGCUACAACAACUCAGCGUUCAUCAAAAUGCACCAUUGCGAAGAUACAUCGGGAAUGGGUCGAGGAUUCAUAUUUUUGUAUGAUUUUCUGCUUAAACCUGGCACACAUACCACUAUCCUCCAAUUCAAUCUAAUCAAAAAUUAGCAAUAAUCGCAAGAUUAUGGACCAAUCGGCAACUAUGUGUACUAGUGUCUUACUACCAACUGUGACCAAAAAUUCGUGCCAUUCUAAGCAUAAUUAUUAUUAAUUUUACUGCAAUUUAAAUGUGUUGCAUACCACCUGUGAUUAUUGAUAUUUGUGUAAAGCGUACCUGAGACUUCAGCGCUGUACAGGGUGUCGCAUUUUUGAUGUCCGAAUAGGGGAUCCCCGAAACUAAGAGUUUUCGGGAAAAACGAGACAAAUUCUCAAGUCCGUUUUUUAAGAAAAUAAUUUUAGUCAAAACCGCAUCCCGCUAUCGUGUUUUGUUUCCGACUUAUAAACAAAAGUUGUCAUUUUAGCGUUAUCUUAAAAAAAUAUACGAUGGUCGCAUGUACAUAAAAAAUGUACAGUAAAUUGAAAACGGUGUAACACUACCAUUUGAUAACACUUUUUUAUGACUUAGUAAACUGCAGUGGAGGUGGCGUUGAUAAUGUAUUUUCCUACCACAGAUGAUUUGAUUUUGGUAUUUGGAUUGACAUUUUUUUGUAAAAUAAAAUUUUAUUGACAGGCAAUCAUACAAUUUAUAAAUUAUUUCUUUUUCCGACAUUUCAUGUUUAAUUAGAAAAUAGAAUGAGAAUGUAAACUUGCCAUUUUAAAGAUAAUAAAAAUAAAUAUUUUUUUAGUCGUAAAAAUAUGGCCUAAUAAUAAUUUAUUAUGCUGUGUUUAAUUAAUUAGCGUUUAAAAAAUUAUUAAAGCAAAAAUACUUAUAAAUUAUAAAUACAUUUUUCAUAGUUUUAAUUGAAAAUCUAAAAUUUUUUAAUGGCUUACUAUACAGAAAAAGUGAAAAAAUAUACUUUUUGUAUGCUUAAAAAUAAUGAUUUACACAAAUAGACAUAUCAAAUCAGAAAAAAAUAAGCUUUUCAAAAAUAUCACAGCCGCCUAUGAUUCCUAUUAAACAAAUAAACUAUGUCAAAAAAAUCGCUGAUAACAUUAUUAAAUUAUCUGUAAAAAAUGCCUGUAAUGUCUUUAUUUUAAAUGUGUAUCUUUUAUAAUAAGAAAGAUAUGAAUUUUUUAAGAUUUCGCUAAAAUGUCAACUUUUGUUUAUAAGUUUAUAAAACAAAAGACGAUAGCGGAUGCGGCUUUGACCAAAAUAAUUUUCUCAAAAAAAGGACAAAAAAUUUGUCACUCGUUUUUCUCUAAACCUGUUAGUUUCGGAGAAAAAUGCGCACCCUGUACACAAAGUUGGAUUACAUUCUAAACCACUUAAUUUCACACUGCUGUCUUACAUUAAAUGUUAGUUUAAUCGAAAAAAAUCUUAUUUAUAUGUCGUAAUUGACGGGUUGUUGAAUGUUUUGUUAAGACAAGUGAGGACGUUAAAAUAAAGAUUUAAUGGUGUGUUAUCGACUUUGGCAGUUGUCCAUUAUCAAUGAGUUUCUUUCACAUUCCAAGAGAUUUUAUAACGCAAAGCUCAGUUUUGUAUAAAGGGAUAGCGAAUUGUUGAAGUUUUGUUGUCUAUUUUUAUCUAGUCCUAUCCAAAAGUUUAUUUGUUUAGUUAUUGUCGACUCGAUGAAUUCAAUGUAUAUUGUAAAUAGUGUAAGGAUCAAAAAUUGUGUUUUGUAAUACAAGUAUUUAUAAUUAAUUUAUAAUAUUUACAAUUAUAAUCGAUUAGAGUAGUCCGUAGCAUGCCAGCAUGCACGAUAGAGCAGACACUGUGAUGACAGACUGAACAGCUUUGAACCAAUUUUAAUAACUACCUAGACUAUUCAUUGAUUGACAAUGUCCAAAGUAUUCAACCAACUAACCUUCGGCUUGAAAUAGACAAUUCCUCUACCGCUUCUCCCACAGAAAGUUGUUCAAAUUCUGAUUUUCUGCCCCAGCAUGGAAUUUUAUGUGACACGUUUUAAACUAACUUGUAAGAUUGCACCGUUUUCCUCUACCACUUUGUAAAUAUAGCCUAAUUGUCGUGUUUCUAAAUUCUAAAAAAUUCCAUGCUCAAAACGUAUUCCAUAUAAAAUGAGCGGUUUAAUUUAUAUGGAAUACGAGAAUUUGUUCUUCAAAUUGCCACAAUGCUUUAAGUGACCUCAUCUAUCAGUAUAAUCAGAUUUGCCAUUCUGUACCGUUAGAGCCAAUAUUGUUAGAACUUUGGCUUAAUUGCCUUUACUAUAAUGCACCACGAUCAUUUAAUCUCGUUAUGAACAUGAAGAAACCCUCAAAUAUUUUGUAGCUAUAUCGACUCGACUUACUGUACAUAUUUCCUAUAAUGUACAUGCAUCGAAUUUUAAAUUAAAACACAAUGUAUGUUCUAAUUCGUUACAUUAUACAAUAAAUAUUUUCAUCUGCAA